AUGGGAGAGUCACGUAAAAGCAAUGAUCAGAUGUUAGCGCUGCGCAGCGUCCAUGUUUAUGGUGCCUUAAGGCAAGGAGAAGAAGGCAACGAGAAGGCAAGGAGAAGAAGGCAACGAGAAGGCAAGGAGAAGAAGGCAACGAGAAGGCAAGGAGAAGAAGGCAACGAGAAGGCAAGGAGAAGAAGGCAACGAGAAGGCAAGGAGAAGAAGGCAACGAGAAGGCAAGGAGAAGAAGGCAACGAGAAGGCAAGGAGAAGAAGGCAACGAGAAGGCAAGGAGAAGAAGGCAACGAGAAGGCAAGGAGAAGAAGGCAACGAGAAGGCAAGGAGAAGGCAACGAGAAGGCAAGGAGAAGAAGGCAACGAGAAGGCAAGGAGAAGAAGGCAACGAGAAGCAAGGAGAAGAAGGCAACGAGAAGCAAGGAGAAGAAGGCAACGAGAAGGCAAGGAGAAGAAGGCAACGAGAAGGCAAGGAGAAGAAGGCAACGAGAGGCAAGGAGAAGAAGGCAACGAGAAGGCAAGGAGAAGAAGGCAACGAGAAGGCAAGGAGAAGAAGGCAACGAGAAGGCAAGGAGAAGAAGCAACGAGAAGGCAAGGAGAAGAAGGCAACGAGAAGCAAGGAGAAGAAGGCAAGGAGAAGAAGGCAACGAGAAGGCAAGGAGAAGAAGGCAACGAGAAGGCAAGGAGAAGGAGGCAACGAGAAGGCAAGGAGAAGAGGCAACGAGACUAGGCAAGGAGAAGAAGGCAACGAGAAGGCAAGGAGAAGAAGGCAACGAGAAGGCAAUGAGAAGGCAAGGAGGAGAAGGCAAUGA